AUAGCUAACCAAUUAUGCACAAGUUUGAUGGGCAAGAAAUAUUUAAUUUUCUUGGAUGAUGUAUGGACCACUGUUGCAUGGGAUGCCAUCAAAAGAUAUUUUCCAGAGAAUUUUAAUGGAAGCCGGAUCUUAGUAACUACUCGGUUCAAAAAGGUGGCUAAGUACUUAAGUGCAGAUCCCUACUAUGUGAAGCAUCAAACUUUAGACGAUCAUUGGGAAUUAUUUUCAAGGAAAGUGUUCGGGCAAAGCCAUUGUGUUUCCCGUGAAUAUGAGAAAAUUGGGAAACGCAUUGUUUGUGGUUGUGGUGGAUUACCCCUAGCAGUUGUUUUAAUUUCUGGACUUUUGAUGACAGCAAAUGGGUCUCUAGAAAUAUGGAGAGAUGUUGCCCGAACUUUGGAUGGAGUUGGCAUAUAUGAUGACAGAAUUUCAAAAAUAGUUUCAUUAAGCUACAAGUACUUACCUAGUCACUUGAAGGCUUGCUUUUAUUAUUUUGGUGUGUUUCCCGAAGAUAGUGAGAUUCCUGUUAAGAAAUUAAUCAACUUAUGGGUUGCGGAGGGAUUUAUAAAGCAACAUAACAAUAUGAGUUUGGAAGAAGUGGGAGAGAGUUAUUUGCAUGAUCUCAUUAAUAGAAGUCUAGUUCAAACUAAUGAUCUAAGUAUUGACGGCAAAGUUAAAUCAUGUAACAUUCAUGAUCUAGUGCACGAGGUUUGUGUGAGAGAAGCAAUUGAUGGGAAUACAUUGUGGAUUAUCAAAGACUACUAUGCUCCAAAGGCUAGUCAUUGGUUAAGCUGUCAAACAAGUCAUUGGCCAAUCACUCGAGCGAGUUAUGAGAAUUGUGGUCCUGAUGAAAUCCAUUCUGUUCUCUGCUUUGGUAAAGAUGUAUACCAUUCAAAAUGCAGGUUGGUAUACCCAUGUUUGAAAUUGCUAAGAGUAUUGGAUUUAUCAUUAGUUAAAUGCUCACAAGGCAUGCCUCUUGAAAUAACAGACUUGGUUUAUUUGAGAUACUUGGCUUUAAGUACCAUUUGUUCUCUUUACAAGUUUCAAUUUUUGAAGCAUAAGAAUUUAGUAACUCUCAUAGUUACUUCAUGGAUGGAAAAAUGCCCUUUGCAACUGCCAUGUGAUAUUUUGGAUUUGCCACAAUUGAGGCAUUUGCAUGUUGACAAGAGAUGUUCACAAUAUCUCCCUUGCUUAGUCAAAAAAGAUCUACAAACUCUUUAUUGGUUGAAAGUUGCUAGCUCCGACAAAAAACCAAACUUCAGAUUUGUUCCAAACCUUAAGGAACUUGGGAUUUACAUUGAAAGCCAACUAGCGCCUAGCUAUCUAGAGAGCCUUGUGCAUUUACAUCUACUUGAGAAGUUGAAGUUUGAAGUAGGAAGAGUUGAGUGCUUUUAUCUACCAAUAGGUUUGCCACCAAACCUUAAGAAGUUGACACUUCGGUAUACUUAUCUUCCAUGGAAGGAGAUGGACACAAUUGGCAAGUUGCCGCACCUUGAGGUGCUUAAACUAAAAGAUUUCGCGUGUUGUGGUUCAAAGUGGGAACGACAGAUUGUCUACUUCAUGUUCGCGAAGUUAGAACCAAGGUUGAAUUACCAAAUAAUGAAAGCUUUGAAGAAGAAAUUGUAGUAAACUCUGAAGAAGAAAAUGUGGAAAGUGUCAAAAGCUCUGAAGAAAAAUGUGUGAAAAGCUUUGAAGAAGAAAGUGUGAAAAGCUUUGAAGAAAUUGUAGAAAGCUCUGAAGAAGAAUGUUUGAAAAUUUCUAAAGAAGA